GACCGCUGGCUGUGUGGAGUCUAUCAGCCGGGUCAGGACCGAGGGAGAGCAGGCAGAGGCCGACGCUGACCCAGGGCUCCUCAGAUGAUUGUGCACCAAGAGAGCAUCCCAUGAGCCUGGGUUCCCAUGGCAUCCAAAGACAAAGAUGUAGUGCCCUCACUGGGCUCCCCCUGGGACGCCAUCCUCCAGGCUGCCAAAGACCAGCUCCCAUCCCUGGACUCCGACUCUGACUCUUCCUUGCCGGACUUUGGCGAAGGGGAACCAUUCAUCUUCCAGCGCAACCAACCUGUCCUGAUUCCAGACCUGGCUGAGGAGCUGACCGAAGGCCCUGCUGGUAGUGACAAAUCUGGGACCUGGGUCCCUGGAGCUGAAAGACCUCUGCCCGAGCAGCCCGCCGUGGUGCCUGUGGGACUUGCUGCAGAACCUGGGAGUGAACAGAACUCAAGGAUAAAGGAAUGGACCUCUCUGGAAGGAAGGAGCCCUGGCCCGCUGCUCAAGAGCUUUGCUAAGAUCCAUUCUCUUCCUGAGAUAGCUGAGGAGACCCCUGCAUGGAGGGAAGGUGACCUUGGGAGCCUGUCCUUCAACACCAAAGGGUUCCAGAAUCCUCCCUGGGGUCUGCAGGGAGAAGCUACUCUUGCCCCUGCAGGACAGCCGGAUACAGAGCCCCUGGGCUCUGCCUGGCAAGAUUGUGCCAAGCGCAGAGCCCUCCGCCAGGAGAGGAGGAGGAUGAUAGAGAAUGACGUGCUCCAGAAAGUAACCUGGGAUGCCCGGAACCCCGCCUGCGGGGACCAAGCCCAGGCCGCGGAGUCCGGUCCCAGGCUAGCAGCACACUUGAAGGGGCCUGGGGAAGGCCAGCCAGUACUCUCGCUCCAGCAACUUGAAGAGUGGGAUUUGGAUUACAUCCUUCAGAGUCUGCCAGAGCGAGAAGACAACCAGGGAAAUUGUGCACCCAGAACCGCGUGGUGGGCAGCUGAACGCUGCCAAGGCCAAGACCGUACUGUGCCACGAUCCCAGGACAGGCUUCUGGAGCAGCUGGUCCUCCUGUGUGCCAUGCAGCAGAGAGCCCCAGACUCUGCCCAGAAGGUACCUGCUCACAGGCCCAAAGACACCAAGGAACAGGAGGCCAGAAGCAGAUGCACUUCUGUAAAGCUGGGCUCUCAGGCUGUGCAGGGCCAGAAGCUAGCUGGGGGCAUGAGGCCGAAGACAGAGCCUCCUACUAUCUUCAUUGACCUGCGGCAGACAGAACCCCCGGAGCCCCACGAUGAGUCCCCAGGAAGCUCCAGCCACAGCUCCUCUGACAGUGGAGAGGAGGACGAGGACGAGUGUGAGGAAGAGGACAGAGCAGCUCUAGGAGACCCGCAGGGCCCAGCACCGCGGGCAUCUCUUUCCUCCUGGGGCCUGAGGGACUGCACUGGGAAAAGCCAGCUUCUCCAGCAGUUGAGGGCAUUUCGGAAGGGAACAGCUCUGCCCCGGCCACCUGCCAGUGAGGGCAGCUGUGGCCAGAGAGCUCCAGUCACUAAAGAAGUGGCCAGAUCCAGAAGUGACAGCAGAAAAGACAUGAAACUCUGCGCAGAGGGGCCAAGUGCCCAGCCUGGACUCCCAGGAGGAUAUCCCAGGGCUUUGGAGCCAGGGCCCUCCAGGGAGGCCCUGGUGCCUCCUCUGGGCCAGCUGUAGGGUCCUCAGGAUAUAAAGGUGGACACAGUUUAUGGAAGGAGAUGUUGGCCUUUGUGACACUGAAAUCUAUCCCAUACUGGAUGGAGGCGCCCACCCUCAAGAACCAGUGAGACCAGGCCCAACCUGGACAGGAGAUGCCUGUCCCCUUCCACCCUGACACUGCAAGCCUUACCCCUCACCUCCAUCUUUACAGAACCCUUCUGUCCCUGCCUUCUCAGUCCUGAUAAAUGACACCUUUGAUCUCUUGCUUACUGGUCUCCACGAUGCUGCCCCAGUCUGCCCUGUGGAACAGCAGAAAGAUCACUGUCGUCCCAGUGCCUCCAUGCUACGGGCUCAGGGGGCACUGCAGGGUUCAGCUGCUACAAUGCCGAGAGUUCCCAGGGAUCCCUUUGGAGCAAGUGUUAAGUAGGCAAGAGGCACUCUGCCCAACUCUGCCCGGCCUUAGCCAGUGAUAUCUCAUAAACACCAGCCACAGGCAGCCAAAAUCAGGGCCUCAGACUCCAGCUCUGCAGACCCCACCACCAGUCCCUACUCCUGGCCACAAGUGGCAUCUCCACUGGUUUCCACGAAGGCUGCAGGAAGCUGCAGGCCUGGGUCACGCAGGCUCUCCUUGCCCUCCGUCUUACUGCAGCUGUUUAACUGACAAAAGCAAAGUUGUUUUUUUUUUUUCUUCCCCUUCUAACUUCAUUUUCUCCCAUCUCCACACCUCUUCACGGCAGAAAGCUCAUUUUGAAUGUUUCAUAGUAAUAAAAAAUAAACUUUGUUCCAAGUUCAGCUCUGCCUGUGAACUGCUGUCAAGGCAAGUUGGAGGAAAGAGGUGGCGGGAGUUCAGACCUGGAUUCAAAGCCAGCUGGGCAAGGUGUUUACUGCUCUCCAUGGCACAGCUUCCCUGCCCACAGGAGUCCUGGAAACGCUGUCUCAUAGCACGGGCAUCCGGAUCUGCAGGCCCAGGGAGGUUAAGGAACUUAACCUGGAGCCACUGGGCAGCAAGCUGCAGGGCCUGCUGUGGCUCAGAAUCGGCCACAACUAGAGGACCAGGGGUUCGCACUCAGGAGACACUUCCACCAGUACUGGGGAGGAGCUGCCAUGGGCUCUAGUGGGUAGAGGCCAGGUGCAGAAGGAAGUUUCCUCUGGGGCACAGGAUGCCUACCAUUGAGGACGAUUCAGUCCCAAAUAGCAACAGGGCCAGAAGGAGAGGGGAGAAACCCCAAUCUAAAAUUGCUUGGGAAUGGGGACAGGACAGGAGGCCUGGGGUCACAGCUGUCAGGCCUUCUUCCUACAUAGGCAAGAGCACCCUUUAGGACUCUGCAGACUCAAGCUCAAAAGCUCUGUGACACGAACAGAGUGAGGGGACCCAAGUGACACAACUCUGCACCUCCCAGGCCGCGAGACUCUGGCCAAGCCACUCGACUUCUCUGCGUCUGAACGCUAGGCUACACGUGCCUGAGGGCCUUCUGGCCCAAGGCACACGGGCACCUGGUGCCUGGCACAGCAGAUGCCUCUACGGCAGGACCCACGGAUGGCUCUGCACACAGCGGCACACCCUGACUGCCCGGAAACAUCCACAUCACAGCCCUGUCCGUCCCGGCCUCCCAGGCAGCCCCUGGCCUUCCCUCCUGUUCCGAACCUGCCCUUCAGAAAGCCAGUGAGUAUGGCGCUGACUGAGGCUCAAUCUCACAAUUGUAAAACAGGGAAAAGGACAGCAAAUUCUGUAAAACUGGGAGGGAGGGGAGAGGAAGGGGAUUAAAAAAAAGAAUUAAGAAAUGUGCACAUGCACCAACGCUUC